AUGAAGUUGCUCCAGAUUAACGACCCUCGCGAAGUAUUACCGAUCAGCUGUAGACUGCUGAAGCUCUUCGGUCUUGGGCGGGAUGCUAAGUUCAAGUGGCUGUUUUGGUUACAGUGUGCGAUUUUCGUGACUUUCAACAUUAUCACACGGUUCAUGGUGGAGAUCGACAGCACGAUCACCCUGGUGCGCAUCGGUUCCGAGAUCCUGUUUGUGCUGGCGAUGCUGUGUCAAAUAUUGGCAUCCCACGCACGGCGCACGAAUGUUUACCAGCUGAUCGACAUGCUGAGGGAGCUUACCACGAAGCCGUAUUCCGAUGACAUAGACGCCCACUUCUUGCGAAAGAACGUAGCGAUGAACACAUUCGCCAUUGCAUACUGUCGGUACUUUAUCAUACUGGGAGUCGUUUAUCUGACAGUGCCACCGGUAGCUUCUAAGACUCGUACGAACUUUUUCGAAGAUCCUCUACUAAUCCGGAUACUUCGCUGAAUCAGCUUCUACAAUCUAGAUAUUCGCUUCAAUUUGCUGCACUAUUCGACCUACUUGUUCUUCUUGAGCUUGCUAACGACAACCGCGGUGCUAUCGCUCUGCACCAAAGGAGUAGUGGAUUUCACCGCCAUCCGCUUCACGGCGGUGAUGUUCGAAGUCCUCGCCAUGCAAAUACGGGAGCUUCCGCGACAAAUCUCCCAGCCGGAGCUGAACCAGAUCAUCGGAUCGCAUCGGGCCGUGCUACAGUGCUCGAAAAAGCUACAGCAGGCCCUCAGUCUUACGCUGUUCAUUCAGCUGGCCUUCUUCAAUGCCAUCUGGUGCUUCAUUCUGCUCUUCCUCAUUCUGAGGGGUUUCAGCACGGAGAUAGUUGGCGUCUGCAUUUUCCUGCUGGUCGAAACAUCCGAAACGUUCUGCUAUUGCUGGCUGUGUACUGAGCUAACUUCGAAGAGCAUGGAGGUUCUGAUGGCCCUGCAGCAACUGCCCUGGUACGAGCAAUCAGUCAAGAUCCAGAAACAGAUACUGCUCAUGAUCAGGUGCUCUCAGGUGCCUACCGAGAUAAAAGCCGGCAAGCUCAUUCACGUCAACAUAGCUCUGUUCAGUGCGAUGAUGCAAAAGUCCUAUUCAUUGUACUUGGUACUUAAGGAUGUACUUUAG